AGACACAGACACAGACACAGACACAGACAGAGACACAGACACAGACAGAGACAGAGACACAGACAGAGACAGAGACAGAGAGAGAGAGAGUGUCCCAGAAGAUAAGAAGAUAAGAUGAGACAAUAAGAUCUUUUUAUACUUUCAUGUUUUCAAGAUGAACUCGUGUGCGCUGCUCCUGCUCCUGGGGACACUGCUACACGGAGCCACAGCCACGGUUCACACUUUGAAAUAUUUUGGCACUUCUUCAUCUCAAGUCCCAAACUUCCCAGAGUUCAUUGAGGUUGGAUAUGUGGACGACCUCCAGAUCACUCACUACGACAGUUUCACAAAGAAAUAUGUCCCCAAACAGGAGUGGAUGAACAAAAUCACAGAGGAGGAUCCUCAGUACUGGGAGAGGAGCACUCAGAUCAAUUUGGGGAAUGAGCAGGAGGGAAAAGCCCAAAUAGAAAUUGAGAAACGACGCCUCAACGUGACCGGAGGUUUGUUAGUUUUGAUUUGGAUGUACGGCUGUGACUGGGACGAUGAGACUAAUGAGAUCAAAGGAUAUGAUCAGAUCGCUUUUGAUGGAGAAGAUUUUAUUUCAUUUGAUUUUGAGACUGAAACUUAUGUGGCUGCAAAACAACAGGCCUUGGUCACCAAACAGAGAUGGGAGAGGGAAGGAGUCGGUGCCAGAAGGAAAAACUACAUCAUUCACAUCUGUGCUGAGUAUCUGAAGAAACAUGUGCGCAACGGAGAGAGCGCUCUGAAGAGGACAGAGCUCCCCCUGGUGUCCCUGCUGCAGAAGUCCUCUUCAGCCCCAGUCACGUGCCACGCCACACGCUUCUACCCCGACAGAGCCAUGCUGUUCUGGACCAAAGACGGAGUGGAGGUGACGGAGGACGUGGACCCUGGAGAGAUCCUGCCCAACGGAGACGGGACCUUCCAGACCAGUGUGUCCCUGGACCUGUCCUCUGUCCCCCCUGAGGACUGGGACAAGUUCAACUGUGUGUUCCAGCUGUCCGGGGUCAAAGACGACUAUGUGACCAGACUGGACCGGAACAAGAUCCUGACCAACGAGAAGAGUCACACAGUUCUCAUCUCUGUUGCGUCUGUUGUUCUCGCUGCUGUUGUCCUCGCUGUGGUCGCCUUCGUCUUGUACUGGAGAUUUAGAGACAAACAGCCCUCGCCUCCUCCGAGUGAGAAGGAGGUGCUGCAGGAGUUGAACCCUCAGCCACGGUGACAUUCACUCGGACAAAUCGGACAAAUCAGCGCUCCGUCCUGACGCUUCAUGGGUUUUCUCGCUUUCAUAUGAAAUCCAAACUUUCUCCUUGUUAAAUCUUAUAAAUGAGACAUUAUUGUGUGGCAGAGUGGUUAGCACUGCUCUUGGCUCAGAUCUAGAAUGUGUUUGUGUUCUCCACACCAGGAUCCUGACAGGUUUAACCCAGAGACACUGAAGGAUGGGUCAAAUGCAGAGGACACGUUUCUUUCCUUGGACUUUUCCUGGAGCGGUUGUUUAAAGGCCUCAUUCAUGUUAAAGUUAAACCUGGGGACAGGGCGGGGCAUCAGGUUCUUCAUGAUCUCUGCUCUUUUGCUUUGGGGCUGAUGUGAAAUGUGGAAGAGAUUUGGAAAGAUCGCAGCAAAUUUCAACCCGUGUGUCGUUCGUUUAUUCUUUUUUCAAUAUAAAACCAAAAAUAAGAAAACGAAAAAAACAACUAUUUUCUUCAUUAUUUGUCUCCAAAACUAAAAUGAGAAAAAAACAGAUAAUGAUUCAGUUUUUCAGUUUUCGAUUUUGUGUUUAAAUGAAAAAUGGAAAAAAUGGAUAACGGACUUUUGCACCGCAUACGGACUGAACCAGGACUGAACAGUUUUCAGUCCUGGUCUGGCCCCGAUCUCAAUCCCGGUCUUGCCCCGAUCUCAAUCCCGGUCUGGGCCCGGUCUGGUUCUGGUCUCAGUCCUGGUCUCAGUCCCAGUCUCACUCCCGGUCUCAGUUUUGGUCUGGUCCUGGUCUCAAUCCCGGUCUGGUUCCGGUCUCAGUGGUCUUGGUCUUGGUCCCGGUCUCACUCCUGGUCUCACUCCUGGUCUCACUCCUGGUCUCAGUCCCUGGUCUCAGUACCAGUCUCAGUCCUGGUCCUGGUCCUGGAUUCAGUCCCGGUCUGGUUCUGGUCUGGUCACGGACCUGAUUUAGUCCUGUUUUAGUCCUGGUUCAGUCCGGCAUCACAGUUUAAGUCACGGAAACGGGAAACAGCUGUUAUCUGUUUUUUCAUCAUUAGUUUAAACACAAAAUCCUUUUUUCAUUUUGGUUUUGGAGACAAAUAAUGAAGAAAAUCGUUGUUUUUUCAUUUUUCUAUUUUUGGUUUUAUUUUGAAAAACGAAUGAACGAAUGACACACGGAUUAAUUUCUUCCACUUUGUCCCAGAGCAGCUUAAACACCGACUGUGGAAGAUCAUGAAGAACAUAAAACAAGUUGCACAAAUAUAUUAAAUGUCACAGUUAAAGGCGCUGGACCUGAUUUUGAGUCUUAAAAACAUGAAAAACAGAACUAGUUCAUUGUAAACAGUUUGUAGUGGUCCAAAGUUCUUCCUCAAUCCAUGUAAACCAGGACUGAACCAGGACUAAACCAGGACUAAACCAGGAUUAAACCAGGACUGAACCUGGACUGAACCAGGACUGAACCAGGACUGAACCAGGACUAAAGUCAUUCUCGGUCUCAGUCCCUAUCUGGUCCCGGUCUCAAUUUUGGUCUUGUCCCUUUCCCGGUCUCAGUCCUAGUCUGGUCCUGGUCUCAGUCCUAGUCUCAGUCCUAGUCUGGUUCCGGUCUCAGUCCUGAUCACCUAACAGUCUGUGUAGAUGCACCUCCGGGUCCGUCCCAACACUCAGUCCUGGUUCAAGUCCUGGUUCAAGUCCUGGUUUAAGUCCUGGUUUAGUCACGUAAACGGGAAACAGCCGUGAUUCGUUUUUUUUUAUCUUGGUUUUGGAAACAAAUAAUGAAGAAAAUAGUUUCUUAUUUUUGGUUUUAUUUUGAAAAAAACAAAUGAACAAAUGACACACGUAUUUCCUGAAAAUUUGCUCUUUAAAUCCAUUUUGUUUUGUUUUUUUUCUUGAGUUUUCACACCGUUUAAAAUCUUUCUCGACAGUGUUUGCUGAUGUGUGCGUUGUGUCACCACGGCAACCGCUGAACAUUCCACCAUAGACAUCCAUGCGUCAUCAGUCGUCAAUGCUGUUUUUCCUCCGUUGUGAAAAAGUUGUGAUUUUCUUUUUUAAUUUAUUUCAAAAUCGUUGUGAUCAGUUUGUGGGUUUUAUUUUAUUCUGGUUUAUUUUUGUGUGAUUUGUUUAAACUUUUGUGAAGGUUCAUUUACUUAUUAACUGUAGACGCUGUUUGAACUCAUCUGUGCAUUUUUGCUUUUCAAUAAAAUGUGUUUGGGUGAAAAA